AUGGAGUACGAAAAACACUUCAUUCCUCUGGAAUCCGAUCCUAAAAUAUUCACCAGUUUGAUGCACAAUCUUGGCGUUACUAAGUCGUUCAAAUUUAUUGAUAUUUGGUCCCUCGAAACAGAGCAAUUGGACAACAUUCGUUUGGAAAUCCAGAGUCCUAUCGAAGCUUUGGUCCUCAUUCUGCCUGACUGUCCUGCGUACGCAGAGCAGAGCAUCGGAAAUAGCCCAGACUCAUUCAUUGACGGUUUUAUGAAGGAAACACCAGGCGACCGUGCCCAGUACCUGCAUAAUUCACCAGAACUGGAUACACUCUAUCGCAAAGCCGCAUUGUUUGGCACUUCAGAGCCUCCUGCUGCCGAGAGUGAAGUUGACCAUCACUAUAUAUGCCUGGUGCGGCAUUCAGGUUGUCUCUACGAGUUAGAUGGAGACAGAACGGGGCCAAUAUACAGAGGUAACCUGGAAGAUGACGAAGAUACCUUGUCAGAAAAGGGCUGCGAUAUCCUUAAAAUGUAUAUGAACAGUUGUCCUGGGGGAUGCUUCAGUCUGCUUGCACUGAUAAACUCUUCCUAG